UCUCUGUCCGAAUCAUUUUUCUCAACCUCUUCCUCCUCCUCCUUCUUCUUCUUCUUCUUCACCAACACUCUCUGAGUUACACUCCAUUUUCAGAAUCAAACCCUUCCAUUUUCAGCUUACACUAUCUCACAUUCAGACCUCUCACCCUUUUCUUCUCCUUUUCUCAUUCCUUCUUUUCCUUCUUUUGUUUCUCUCCCUCUCUUUCUCUCCGACGCCUUCAACAUUUCUGUUGCAAGCUCUUGGAGUGUGGCUGAGAGAUGGUUCACUGUUUGAUUCCCUCUCAAUCUCUCACCGCCAACUCCAUUUUGUCUCGAUCCUCCUCCAUUUCUCGUUCUUCCGCUCCCUGUUUCUCCAAUCUCAUCCAUGCCAGGUGUUUUUCUUUCACUACCACAGUUGGAUCAACUUCGCUCAAGAUUCAUCCAUGGCAGGACCGGCUUUCUCCGUUUGGGAAGCUGUACUGCCCAAAGGGUUUGGUUCGAUGCAACAAAAACGGCGAGAAGACGAUCACAGAGAGUAAAGGUGGGAAAAUUGGGAAGAGAACUGAUUUGAAGAAGAUUUUGAUUCUUGGUGCAGGCCCCAUUGUGAUUGGGCAGGCUUGUGAGUUUGAUUAUUCUGGUACUCAAGCUUGCAAGGCGUUGAAAGAAGAGGGAUAUGAAGUUGUGUUGAUUAAUUCCAAUCCGGCUACGAUCAUGACGGACCCGGACUUGGCUGAUAGAACUUAUGUUACUCCCAUGACACCAGAACUUGUUGAGAAAGUGCUUGAGAAAGAACGCCCUGAUGCUCUCUUGCCCACUAUGGGUGGCCAGACUGCGUUAAAUUUGGCGGUUGCUUUAGCUGAAAGUGGUGCGCUGGAGAAAUAUGGGAUCGAGUUGAUUGGAGCGAAGCUUGAGGCAAUAAAGAAAGCUGAAGACAGGGAGUUGUUUAAACAGGCUAUGAAGAACAUUGGGAUUAAGACACCACCUUCUGGGAUUGGGACUACGCUUGAGGAAUGUGUUGAAAUUGCUGGUGAGAUUGGAGAAUUCCCUUUGAUCAUUAGACCUGCUUUUACGUUGGGGGGAACUGGAGGUGGGAUUGCUUACAAUAAGGAGGAAUUUGAGUCUAUUUGUAAGGCGGGUUUAGCGGCGAGUUUGACGUCUCAGGUUCUGGUGGAGAAAUCUUUGCUGGGUUGGAAGGAGUAUGAGCUUGAGGUUAUGAGGGAUCUUGCUGACAACGUGGUAAUCAUUUGCUCCAUUGAGAAUAUUGAUCCCAUGGGAGUUCAUACUGGGGAUUCCAUAACUGUGGCACCUGCUCAAACUUUGACUGAUAAAGAGUAUCAGCGGCUGAGGGAUUAUUCCAUUGCUAUCAUUAGGGAAAUCGGUGUUGAGUGUGGUGGUUCAAAUGUGCAAUUUGCUGUCAAUCCAGCUGAUGGUGAGGUGAUGGUGAUUGAAAUGAACCCGAGAGUUUCAAGGUCCUCUGCUUUGGCUUCCAAGGCGACGGGUUUUCCAAUAGCGAAGAUGGCUGCAAAAUUGUCUGUUGGUUAUUCAUUGGAUCAGAUUCCGAAUGACAUAACCAAGAAAACGCCUGCUAGUUUUGAGCCUUCAAUCGAUUACGUGGUGACAAAGAUUCCUAGAUUUGCUUUUGAAAAGUUCCCAGGUUCUCAACCAAUAUUGACGACUCAAAUGAAAUCAGUUGGUGAAGCUAUGGCUCUUGGCCGCACUUUCCAAGAAUCCUUUCAAAAAGCUGUAAGAUCAUUGGAAUGUGGCUACUCUGGAUGGGGUUGUGAACCCAUUAAACAACUCGAUUGGGAUUGGGAACAAUUGAAGUAUAGCCUCCGAGUUCCUAAUCCAGAUCGCAUUCAUGCUAUAUAUGCUGCAAUGAAGAAGGGAAUGAAACUGGAUGAUAUUCACGAGCUGAGUUACCUUGACAAGUGGUUUCUUACUCAGUUAAAGGAGUUGGUGGAUGUGGAGCAAUACCUCUUGGCUCAAAGCUUAUCUAACCUGACAAAGGAAGAUUUCUAUGAAGUGAAAAAGAGAGGUUUCAGUGACAAGCAGAUAGCAUUUGCGACUAAAUCAACUGAGACGGAGGUGCGCUCUAAGAGAAUAUCCUUGGGUGUCCUCCCAGCUUAUAAGCGGGUGGAUACAUGUGCUGCAGAAUUUGAGGCAAAUACCCCUUAUAUGUAUUCUUCUUAUGAUUUUGAAUGUGAAUCAGCCCCAACUCAAAAGAAAAAGGUCUUGAUAUUGGGUGGUGGUCCAAACCGUAUUGGUCAGGGUAUUGAAUUUGACUACUGUUGCUGCCAUACAUCAUUUGCUCUACAGGAUGCUGGGUAUGAGACAAUCAUGAUGAACUCAAAUCCUGAAACAGUGUCAACAGAUUAUGAUACAAGUGAUCGUCUGUACUUUGAACCCUUGACAGUUGAAGAUGUUUUUAACGUUAUUGAUUUGGAACGUCCAGACGGCAUCAUUGUGCAAUUUGGAGGUCAAACACCAUUAAAAUUGGCUCUCCCCAUACAGCGGUAUUUAGAUGAGAACAAGCUCAAAUCUGCCACUGGUGGACAUGUUCGCAUAUGGGGAACUUCUCCAGAUUCCAUAGAUGCGGCUGAAGACAGAGAAAGGUUCAAUGCAAUCCUUAACGAGUUAAAGAUAGAACAACCAAGAGGGGGCAUUGCCAAGAGUGAAGCAGAUGCACUCUCCAUUGCUAAGGAUAUAGGAUACCCAGUUGUUGUCCGACCUUCUUAUGUUCUAGGUGGUCGGGCAAUGGAAAUUGUGUACAGCGAUGACAAACUAGUGACUUACCUUGAAAAUGCUGUGGAAGUGGAUCCAGAACGUCCUGUAUUAGUCGACAAAUAUCUAUCAGAUGCUAUUGAAAUUGAUGUUGAUGCAUUAGCUGAUUCACAUGGGAAUGUGACAAUUGGUGGGAUAAUGGAACAUAUUGAGUUGGCUGGUGUCCAUUCGGGUGACUCGGCUUGUUCACUCCCAACGAAAACAAUUCCAUCCUCUUGCCUCGAAACUAUCAGGAAUUGGACAACAAAGUUGGCGAAGAGGCUAAAUGUCUGUGGGCUUAUGAACUGUCAGUAUGCGAUCACUAUGGCAGGGGAGGUUUUCUUGCUAGAGGCAAAUCCACGUGCUUCCCGUACGGUCCCAUUUGUAUCUAAAGCCAUUGGGCACCCAUUAGCUAAGUAUGCUUCACUUGUUAUGUCCGGGAAGUCUCUAUAUGAGCUUGGCUUCACAAAAGAGGUCAUCCCCAAACACGUGUCCGUGAAGGAAGCUGUCCUUCCCUUUGAGAAGUUCCAAGGCAGCGAUGUGCUAUUGGGGCCUGAGAUGAGAAGCACUGGUGAGGUUAUGGGUCUUGAUUUCCAGUUUCCUAUUGCAUUUGCAAAAGCUCAAAUUGCUGCAGGGAAUAAGUUACCACUUUCUGGAACUCUGUUCCUCAGUUUGAAUGACUUGACAAAGCCCCACCUUUCCAAAAUAGCCAAGGCAUUCUUAGAGAUUGGAUUCAGCAUCACUGCAACGUCUGGAACUGCCCACGUUCUUGAAUUGGAAGGCCUUCCUGUCGAGCGAGUACUGAAGCUGCAUGAGGGACGGCCUCAUGCUGGUGACAUACUUGCUAAUGGACAGAUUCAGUUGAUGAUAAUCACUAGUUCUGGCGAUGAUCUUGAUCAGAUUGAUGGACGUCAUUUGAGGAGGAUGGCUCUUGCAUACAAAGUACCUAUAAUAACAACGGUUGCUGGAGCAUUGGCAACUGCCGAAGCCAUAAAGAGCCUGAAGGCAAGUUCCGUUUCAAUGAUCCCUCUUCAGGACUUCUUUGUCGAGACUAAAAGUGGUAGUCAAAAGGACUUGCAGUCGGCCUCUAUAUGAUUCUGCUGUAUAUACACAUUUGUUCUCAAAGUUCGGCUUUUUGCUAGUCUUAUGUAAGCUUAUGAUAACAAAUUUUACAAGUGACAACGACGGCGACUGUUUUGGUUUGGACUUAAAACUUGUAAUAUAAUUAACAUUUAUAAUUUGUACAACUAUAUUUCAUGUUGUUGGUAUCUUCCCACAUCAAGGCUUUGGAGAAAUAUAUCUUUCAAAUGUCUCCACUGUGGGCAUGCAGUAGUAAUGGUGGUGCCUAGUCCUCCACUUCAAUGGAGAUAUGAAUCUACUGCCCCCCUUGAUUGUGAAGCAGCCUCCAUAUAUGAAUGCUUUGGAGAAACAUUUUCAAAUAAAGAUUCAAAGAGUUCAGGUGUAAACUUGGAUUAUCUUUCAAUGCCAUUUAUUUUCCUCCAUCA